UUGUCAAACUUUCGCCUGAUGCAGACUAUGAUAUUUGCUAUUGAUGAAAUAAAUCGGAGCAAAACUCUACUUCCGAAUACCACUCUGGGAUAUAAAAUCUACGAUGACUGCUCGUCCUCAGCGAUUGCAUCGAAAGCAGCGCUGGCUUUGGUGAACGGAGAACAAGAACUAAUUGAGUACCCUGAAUGUAAAGGUUCCUCCGAUGUCGCAGCUAUUAUUGGAUGUGAUAUAUCCACGUCCUCCAUUGCAGCCGCAAGGGCAGUUGGUUCUUUCGGAAUUCCUAUGGUUAGUUACUUCUCCACUUGUUCGUGCCUCAGUGACAAACAAGAAUACCCGACAUUCUUCAGAACGAUCCCAAGUGACGAUUAUCAGUCCAAACUUCUCGCUGUACUAGUGAAAACGUUCGGUUGGAAUUGGAUUGGGACAAUUAGAAGUAACACCGACUAUGGAAAUUUUGGAAUGCGAGCAUUUAUCGAAGAAGCCCAAAAAUUUGGGGUGUGCAUUGCGUACUCUGAAUUGUUUUAUCGAACGGACCCUGCAGACAAAGUCACCAAAAUAGUGCGGGUGAUCAAACAGGCGACCACAAAAGUCUUGGUGGGGUUCUUACAUCCUGGAGAGAUGCGUAUAUUACUUAAGGAAUUUUUGCGUCAAAAUGUAACUGGGAUACAAUGGAUUGGGAGUGAAGGGUGGGUUACAGAAGAUUUGGUCCCCCCUGAACAAAGAGCGAGAUUUCUGGUUGGGACGAUUGGUUUAGCAACCCGUAGAACAGAAAUAGACGGACUCAGAGAUUAUCUUCUAAAAAUUCAUCCUUCCAGGUUCCCUGACAGCAUUUUCGUGAAUAAAUUUUGGGAAGCUGCAUUCACGUGCUCUUUAAAGGCCGACAAUGAGACAGAUCAAACCCCGUCCGCAUUCCAAAUGCAGCAAUGCACAGGAAAAGAACAGCUGGAUGAAGUAAAAAACGCCUACCUUCCAGCGAUAAUGGACGGAAGUUCCUACCAUGUGUACAAAGCGGUCUAUGCUGUCGCUCAUGCACUUGACGAUAUGCUAAACUGUGAAGAAGGCUAUGGCCCCUUUAUGAACAAUACAUGCGCUCAUAUUUCAAACUUUGAACCCUGGCAGCUGCUGCAUUACCUACACUCGGUAAAUUUUACAGAUCGGACUGGAGAAGUUGUGUACUUUGAUGCAAAUGGUGAUCCAGUCCCAACGUAUGAAGUAAUAAAUUUGCAAAUGACUUUGAAGGGUACAGUUGAAAUUGUAAACGUUGGCUAUUAUGAUGGUACGGCUCCUUCAGGGCAAGAACUUGCCCUCAACGUUGGGGAUAUCGUGUGGAGCACCGUUGACAAUCAGAUUCCACAUGCGCUUUGCUCAGAACCCUGUCCACCCGGAACAAGAAAGGUCAGCAGGAAAGGUCAGCCAAUAUGUUGUUUUGACUGCGCAGAGUGCGCCGAUGGUGAGAUUAGCAACACCACAGAUUCCACUGAUUGUAUGAAAUGCCCUUUGGAAUACUGGUCCAAUAAUCAAAAAGAUCGAUGUGUUCCCAAAAAGAUUGAAUUUCUUUCCUUCCAAGAGGUUCUGGGCUAUGUCUUAGUGGCACUUGCGUUAGUGGGCGUGUGCCUCGCACUGGGUACAGCUGCUGUAUUCUUCCAGUAUCGGGAAACUCCUAUCGUUCGAGCGAACAAUUCGGAGCUGAGCUUCCUCCUUCUCUUUGCACUAACGCUUUGCUUCCUGUGCUCACUUACCUUCAUUGGGAAACCGACCGGAUGGUCCUGCAUGUUGCGGCGGACUGCGUUUGGAAUUGUAUUUGUUCUCUGUAUUUCCUGUAUUUUGGGGAAAACCGUUCUUGUUGUGAUCGCUUUUAAAGCAACUCUUCCCAACAACAACUUGAUGAACUGGUUUGGACCCAUGCAGCAACGGUUAAGUGUGUUCGUCCUUACAUUUCUUCAAGGUUUAGUUUGCACAAUCUGGCUCAUUGUAUCACCUCCUUACCCGUUGAAAAACACGACCUAUUAUAGAGAUAUAAUUAUUUUGGAAUGUGACGUGGGCUCUUUAAAAGCGUUUUAUUUUGUAUCCAGUUAUAUUGGUCUUCUAUCCACUGUAUGCUUCCUGCUCGCUUUUCUUGCCCGGAAACUUCCAGACAAUUUCAACGACGCGAAGUAUAUAACUUUCAGUAUGCUGAUCUUCUGUGCUGUUUGGAUCACUUUCAUUCCGGCUUAUGUCAGCUCUCCUGGAAAGUACACGGUGGCUGUCGAAGUGUUUGCCAUUUGGGCGUCAAGCUUUGGUUUACUUGUCUGCAUUUUUGCUCCAAAGUGUUAUAUUAUCUUAGUGAAACCGGAGAAUAACACAAAGAAAAACAUGAUGGGCAAAGGGUCUUCACAGUAA